GCAGAAGGACUCCUCUUCCUGCUCGCUCGCCCGCUCUUUCUCUCCCUCUCUCUCUCUCGCUUUCGCUCCCUCGCUUGCCGAAGAAAACCCUCUCCUGUCUCAUCUCUAUCAUCUCCGCUUUCUUCCUUAUUGCCUUCCUCCGUAAUGCGUCUCUGCCUCCGUUCCCUCCUUUCCGUCGAUCUGUAGGCGCCUUGUCGUCCUACCUGCGGAUCCUUCCCUUUCUUCUUGCCCUAAUCCCCCCUUCCCCCGGUUUCGCGGUUCCUUUCUUUUACAAUUCCGGCCAUUCGUCGCCGGGUCCUUUAUCGGGCUGUCUGAGCUUCCGGUAGCACGCGCGCUCUUCUCCGGAUCGCCUCUGGUUCUUCCGAUCUCCUGCGCGAAGGUUUGAAGCGAUGGCCGCCGGAAAGAUCGAUCUGCCGGAUGAUCUCCUUGGCGCGAAAGCUCCUGACGAGGCGUGGACUGCGAGAGAUGGAGCUUCUGGAGGACAUGAGCAAGAGAGAACGUUGCUUGGGUUUUUUGAUGAGUCAAAAGAUCAAGCAGCAUCUGAGGUCAUACCGUUGUCACCACAGUGGCUCUAUUCAAGGCCUAAUGAGGGCAAGCCUUUCCUUUCUGCAGCAUCAGUGGAUGCUCGUGCUGCUGAACUUCAAAAAGAGGCUUGGCGUUUGGAUAACUCUCAGGAUAAGAAAGAUUGGAGAAGGAACAUAGCUGAGAUUGAAAGUGGCCGUCGUUGGCGUGAAGAGGAAAGAGAAACUGCUGCACUUACUCGGAGAGAGCGCCGCAAAGAAGGAGAUAGCAAAACUGAUCGUCGCAUAGAAAAUGCUUCAACAAGGGAAGGUACUGAUGGAAGACCCCUUCCUUCAUCAGAUAGGUGGUAUGAUGUGAAUGCCCGUUAUUCUGGACAUGAAACAAGGCGUGACAGCAAAUGGUCCUCUAGAUGGGGUCCUGAAGAGAGAGAGAAGGAGACACGAAGUGAAAAAAAGAUGGAGUUUGACAAAGAUGAACCUUCUAAUGAAAAGCAGUCUCUCCCUGGAAAUAACCGUGAGCGAGAGACUGAUUCCCGUGACAAGUGGAGGCCACGCCACCGUCUGGAACUUCACUCAACAAGUUCCAAUGUUAAUCGAGCUGCUCCAGGGUUUGGCUUGGAGAAAGCACGGUCUGAUGGUACCAAUGUUGGAUUUGCACCAGGGCGAGGGAGGUCUCAAUCGAGUGGAAGCCAGCAGCUUGCUGGUCUGUCUGUUUCAACUCCUAUUGGUGCCCCACUGUUAGAUGCAAGUGAAGCUAGGCAAGGGAAGUUUGGUCUGUCUGCCAAGAGCUUUCGUUACCCAAGAGGCAAACUCCUGGACAUUUACCGGAAACGUGAUAUCUUUGCUACUGCCGAUACAGUCUCAAAUGGCUUUCGUGAAGAAGUUCCCCAAAUUACCGAGGCUAAUCCUAUAGAACCUUUAGCAUUUGUAUCACCUGAUGCAGAUGAGGAGGCUGUCUUAGAAGAUAUACGGAAGGGAAAACUUGUUACUAGUGGUGUGCUACAUAUUCCACUCAGAGAUAGAGUGGGAAAGUACGAACCUGAGUCAGGUGUCCGAGAUCCCAAUGUUCUUGGCAGAAAUUCUACAAAGGCAAACAUAUUUACAGAACAUGACUCUUUCAGCAUGAAAGAAAAGAAAGUUUCUACAUCUGUGGAUGGGACUGGCCUUGAUGGCUUGAGUUUGACAGCUAGUAAUACAAAUGAAAGUUUUCCCAAGUACAAUGAUUUAGGACGCAGUACCGAUAAUAAGAGUGCUGUGGACAAGGAUGAAGAAAAUGCUGUUGCCAUUUCUCUCCAGCCUUCAAAACCUAGUGUUUCAGAUACUCUACUACCACCAGAUAUACAGGGCAAACUACCAAGUGAUGAAAACUUGGUUUUUGAUCUACCGGGUUUCCAGGAAACUUCUGUCUAUGUGCAGGAACAGAUAUCUGGGGGUAGUGAUACGAAGUUCUCAGGUGGAAGCUAUAACCCUGAAGAUAUGAGUUUAUUUUACAGGGAUCCCCAGGGUGUUGUACAGGGGCCUUUCCUUGGUGUUGACAUUAUGUCCUGGUUUGAACAAGGCUUUUUUGGCACAGAUUUGCCUGUAUGCCUUUCUGAUGCCCCUGAAGGAACACCUUUUCAGGAGCUGGGUGAUGUCAUGCCUCAUUUGAAAUUCAAAACAAUAUCCAGUGCAGAUAUUGGAAAUGAGGAAGGCAUGGCAGAUGUACAAGAAAAUGGAGGGAGCAAUAGCCUCAACUACUCUUUGUCUCUUCUUGAAAACAGCCAGACAAGGCCACUUUUUGAACUGGAGGACCGUCUGCAGUCAAAAUUAUCUACACACGAAGUGCCAAUAGAAGCUGUUUAUGGUGGUUCAUAUGAUGCUAAUUCUGAAGCUACACAAAGCAUUCAUAGCAAUGACAGGCAAAGCAAUCGCAAUAUUGUUGCACAAAGUGUUGACGAAUCAUUACUUCCUAAGCGACCAGUAAGUGGUGGAGGACAAUUGAGAAAGCCAACUGGAAGUCUUCUUGAUCCUUUAGAAGAUCUAUCGGAAAGACAUUUACCAUCAAAUGAAUCAGCAAGAAAUGUUGGCCUGAACCCAAUCUUACCUGCUUCGAAAGGCAGCAUGUCACACCCACUUGGUUUGCCAUGGUCUGAAUUUGAAGGGUCUAAACAACAACUUUUCCAGCCAUCAAGCAUGUCAGCUAGUGCUGGAAGUGCUGGUUACCUUGCAAAUCAAGAGAUUGGAAGAGAUGCAGCUUAUGUUAGGCAGAAUCCUGCUUCGGGCCUUGAUGAGACUGUUGGAGAUGCAUGGACUCAUGUUGCCAAAAGAGAUGGAAGUGUGGGGAUUAAUGCUGUUCAAGGCACUUUGGAUUCUCGCCGCUUGUUACAAAUGGAUGAAAAUACAGGCCUUAAUGCUGCUGUUCGUGAAACUAUGGAUGCUCAUUGGUCAUUACAACUUGAACAGGAAGCCCAUCAUUUGGACCUUAUGGACCGAUUGAUCUCACAACAGCUGCAAAAGCAGCAGCUCCGGCAACAUAACAGCUUGUCUCAUCCAAAUAUGCAUUUUGGAGGGCCAAAUAUAGAGUUGGCGGGUUCAUCUGUUGGUCAUGGAUUCAAUUCUUCUCGGACAUCACAUGGUCACUCUUUGUCUGAUAUUGAGCAUCAUUUGGCUAAACUUCAGCUUCAACAGCAGCACCAAUUUGAGCUCCAACAGCAGCAUCAAUUGGAGCUUCAACAACAGCAGCAUCAAUUGCAGCUCCAACAACAGCAGCGCCACUUGCAGCAGCAACAGCUCCACCAACACCAAAUGCAUCUGCAGCAACAGCAUCUUCACCACCAUCAGCAGUCCCAUAUACUUGAACAUCUUCUACAGCGAGGUAUGCAUGACCCAGGUUUUGGGCAGCAUCCAGUUGAUCUACUGAGAGGUAACAGUGCAUUUGACCAAUUGCUGUCUCGGCAACAUGGUAGCCUUCAAUCUGGUGUUCAACCUACAAUAGAUCCAUCUAUGCGAUUCCCUGAUCCUAUGAUGGAGCAGCUUCUUCAAGCAAAACUUGGUCAGGGCUCUCACCGUGGACAAAACAACGACCUACUUCAGCUAUUGUUACAGGCAAAGCAUGAGCCAAAGCUGUCUCCUGAAGAGCAAUUUCUCUUGGGAAUGCGUCAGGAGCAACUGGCCGCACAGCAGUUUCCUCUGCAUUCCAGGCACCAUCAGCAGGUUAUGGAAGAAGAGAGACGGAUUGGAGGCGGUUGGUCUAUUGAUGAAUCAGGUCAGUUUAUCAGGACUGCGCCGAACCUGCAUCAGUCUGUAUCAGCUGGAUUAAGUCCACUGGAUCUUUAUCAACAGCAUCUACAGCAAAAACCUAUGCAGCCACAAAAAUUUAUGGGAUUUGAGCAACCAAACCAGCUUGAACAGAGCCUUCUACUAGAAGAGCACCUGCAGCGUGGGAUGUAUGGCAACAACUCACUGCCUUUUGAGAGACUGGUCUCUGGCCCACAUGCUGCUUCUGGUGUGGAUGCUGAUUUGGCAAACACUCUUGCUCGUAUUCAAGGUCUUGAUUUACAGGAGAGGCAGGCUCAAAUGCACCUUGCAGGUCAGAUGGGUUCAUUUAAUCAAGAAAUUCACCCUCCAAAUUCUCGAUCCCUUCCUAGUUCAUUCCACGAUAAGAGAGAUGCUAUGGAUGGCCGUUGGCCUGGACAGAACUUGCCAUUUAGCAAUCUGGUGCAGCCUGGGCAGCAACCAGAUAACUGGAUGGAAGCACAUCUCCAGCAAUUGCAUCUAGAAAAAUUGCUGCAGCAAAGAAAUAAUGAAGUCAAUCACAUCAGUGAGGAACCAGUAUCAAAUCACCUGAUGGAUUUGCUGCAUCAGAAGUCACAUCUUCCUCCCGAGCAUUCAUUGGGGUCUGGUGAUAUUGCCUUUGCUUCUUCUCUUGGAAGACAAGAGCCGCAUUGGCUUUACCAUGAAGCUGCUUCAGCCCAUCAUUCAAUCCUUCAAGGCCAGGAGCAUCUUGGGAACUCUUUUGCAGAAGAGUUGCCUUCUGAUCAUGGGCUGCCAAUGCAGGAAAAUUUGGUUAAUGGAGGUCCUGAAGAGCAAGCACAUGGUAUUGGACUUGGUGAAAGAGCGACAUUUGACUCUCAUUCUUUGAUGGAGGACGAAAAGGUCUUGUCUGCUGCUGAAGGUGCAUCCCAGAGUUUUAAUACAGAUCUAGUUGCAGAGUCACUGACCGACAGUAUGGAACUUCUAGAAGCAAAGGAGGGGAAGAAGGGAAAGAAGCGGGGAUCCAGGAUUAAGUCUUCCAACAAGUUGGAUAUUGAACAAAUCGCUCUUGAUCAAGGGGCAGAUCAUGGGGAAUUGAUAAUUCACACUCCUGCUAGGCAUACUUCCUUCGGUAGCUCUGGUGCAGUCUCGCAGCGCCAGGAUCUGGGUAUUGAUGGGGUCCCUGAUGGGAGGUCGGCGACAUCCUUGUCAAGAAGUCUUGGCGACUCCAUUCCAAGACACCAACCUAGCUCACAAUCUUUGUCAGCUAACCAAGUGUUGCCUGAAUCCAAAGUGAAAAUUACGUCUGUGAACUCAUCAUCACUGUCAGAUGGAAGACGAGAUGCUGCUGGAAGCCCACCAAAGGCACGGCCAUCUGAAGUCCCGGCUGCGAGCGCUAAAGACAUGCGCAGUGGUUUCCGGAGAGCUGCUUCCUAUGGCAGCGAUGCGGAUGUUUCUCAGGCAUCUUUCAUAGACAUGCUGAAGAAGCCAGUGGGAGAAACUGAGACCAAUGAGGGGACCGAAAUGGCUUCUCAGGCGGCCCGAAGCAACAAGAAGAAAGGUAAGAAAGGAAGGCAGAUAGACCCAGCUCUUCUUGGCUUCAAGGUAUCAAGCAAUCGGAUCAUGAUGGGCGAGAUUCAUCGCCUGGAGGAUUAAGAGUUCGUCGUUGCUCUCUCUCUCUCUCUCUCUCUCUCUCUUUUUCCUCCCCAAUUGUGCAAAUUGUACAGGCAUUCAAUAUCUUCUGGAACGCUGCAACAGGUGCAUCCGCACGCAUGUAAAUCUUUUUGUAGGUCAAUAGAAAUGAUAAAAAAGCCCGAGCCCCAAUUCUGUGAAGCGAGAGCCAUGAAAUAUUAAGAGAUUCGGCCUCCCCUACUGUAUAAUUUGUAACCUUGUAGAUGUUUAUUGGACGAAACAUUGUCGAUUAAAAAUAAGGAUCUUGUGAAGAAA